GGUUGUUGACACUCUCCAAAAGUCCGCGCUGCUCUCACGGAUAACGGAGACAUUAUUACAGCUCGUCUCGGCUCCCUGUGUGUCCUCUGCUGUUCGGCACGAGGAAGGACACACCGCCGCACGGACUGUCACCGUGGAGUCACUAUUUUUUUCUUUACAUCCGUCUGUGUUUCUGAACUUUUCUUGCUCCCUGUGAGCUCGUGACGCCUUCUCCUUCCUCUCGCUCUUCUGUCUGGAGACGGAGAGAAAUGGCAGAGAAGCGGCGGUCCCCGUGCGCGCUGAGCGUCAAGGCUCAUGCUUUCUCCGUGGAGGCGCUGAUCGGAGCGGAGAAGAGACGCAGGACGGCCGCAGAGGAUGCUGUGUCCCCCGGGUACGAGGACGGAACUGAUGUCUCUGAUCUAACCGGGAGUCCCGGGCCGCGAGCCGACAGAGCGUGCACCAGCGACCGGGGCAGCGAGGCGGAAUGUGCCAGUGACGGAUCCCCAGAGAGCGAGGACGCGCUGCUGGAGAGCCCGCAGCCUGCAGCUGUGUGCACGGCCCCGGUAACCGGCAGCGGAGAAGAGACCCGCGUGGACUUGCAGGGAUCAGACCUGUGGAAACGCUUCCACGAGAUCGGCACGGAAAUGAUCAUCACCAAGGCUGGACGGCGGAUGUUCCCCGCUAUGCGUGUAAAGAUUACGGGCUUGGACCCACAUCAGCAGUAUUACAUUGCCAUGGAUAUAAUCCCCGUGGACAACAAGCGAUACAGGUACGUGUACCACAGCUCCAAGUGGAUGGUAGCGGGGAAUGCGGACUCUCCUGUGCCGCCCAGAGUGUACAUCCACCCGGACUCCCCGGCCUCAGGGGAGACGUGGAUGCGUCAGGUGGUCAGCUUCGACAAACUGAAACUGACCAACAACGAACUGGACGACCAGGGACAUAUCAUUCUGCACUCCAUGCACAAGUACCAGCCUCGGGUGCAUGUGAUCCGUAAGGAGUGUGGAGAGGAGUUAUCCCCAGUGAGAGCCGUCCCUGCUGGGGAAGGCACCCGCACCUUUGCCUUCCCAGAGACAGUGUUCACCACCGUCACAGCAUAUCAGAAUCAACAGAUUACAAGGCUGAAAAUUGACAGAAACCCAUUUGCCAAAGGCUUCAGGGACUCUGGCAGAAACCGGAUGGGUCUGGAGGCGUUGGUGGAGUCUUAUGCAUUCUGGCGUCCAUCUCUGCGAACACUCACAUUUGAGGACAUCCCUGGGAUUACUAAGCAAGGGCUCCCUGGAGGUCAUGGUGGACUCGGACCACCAUCUCACCUGCUCUCCACAUCUCCGUGCUCCACACCUUUCCAGGUCUGCCCUCUCAGCCCACCGGAAUACACUUGCAGCCGACCCACACACCCUCUCCAUCGUUAUGGCAACCCCCCAGAGCCGUUCCCCCCUCCCAGAGGUCCAUCGGCGUAUGAAAGUGAAGGAUUCUGUUCUCUGCCUCUCCCUGCUUCUCAACUUGGCUAUCUAUCCAACCCCACCUCACAGGGUUACGCUGGGCUACGCCUCCACACACCGCCAUACAGCCUGUACGGUUACACAUUCCCUCCCUCACCACGCCUCGCAGCCAGUCCUGAUAAAAUGGCUGCCGCUGCCACUGCCAAUCAUCAGAGUCCAUUCCUUGGCUCGUCUCCCAGUGGGACUCUAACGGACAGUCUGGGUGUACUCAGUGGAGGACAGCAGGGCUUUUUGUUUGACUCUCGGACUUUAGGAUUGGCAGGUAGCCAGUCGGGAGGUGGGGCCUCACAGGUCACUGCCCACAUGGGCUGAAUUUGACUCCAGACAUCUAGGGUUGUCACGAAAGCCAAAUGACACCCUGUAAUGGGUGCAAGUUGCUUUUGGUUCAGAGCAUUGUACGAAUUAAUCUUCCAUGUGCUGAACAAGCAUCAGGCUGAACUGUGGACUGAUCCAGCCUUUGCCUCUGUGAGCAUAAAGAGCUUGUCAAAGCUCCUUUAACUGAAGGGAAUAUUUUUUAUCAAGUUAUCUUUCAACUACGUUCUCUAGGACAUGCAUGUGAUGCUGCAGUGGUCACAAAAGGGAGAAACUUCCUGCGGCUUUGGACAAGGAGUCCAAGCGAUGUAACUCAGUGACUGAACUGGAGCUGAAUAUGGAUUGGGCAGAAACUGGGCUGGCCCAGGCACUCAAAGCAAGCACUUCAACCCCUGGCAGGAGGCCCUGAAGCAGUAACUAUUAUACUCACGCAGCAUUCUACACUGCCUCCUUGAUCUCGCCUACUUUGGAUGGAGUUACUGAACACUGCUUUUAAACUUGUUUUUAUGGGAUACAUUGACUAAAUUCCUUUUGUCAAUUAAAUUCUUUGUCAUUACAUGCCUGGUGGUGUUCUUGAUCAAGUCUUUGGAACAUGUAGUCCAUCUAGUAAUGUGCACUACAGAAAGAGCCUUUUCACCACUCAGACUUUAAAUUUUUUUUUUUACACACAACACCAGAAGAGCUUGUCAUAUUAACAUGAUGACAUCAUGGCCAUGAGAGACCAUGGGAGAUACUCCAGUGACAGUUAUGGACUGACGAAGUUAAAGCAGCAGGAGAAUGAUGGAUGACGGACUGAUCUACAUAGUCUACGUCUGGUUUGACAGACGUUUCCUUGAUGCAGCUGUUUGGAUGUCAGGCUGAAGUACAUCUUUCCUUGUGCAACACAGACGUUACUGCACAUGAUGACUCUGUAAAUAGUGAGGGGAAGGCAGGUGGAAGGAGAGAUGUGUAUAUAAAGGGCUGUGUGACCCUACGCACUUAAAAAACCCCAAUGCACCUGCUUCUGCUCUUUAGACUGGGUCAGGUACGCAACUACCAGCCCUGAACUUGACUGAAAAGCUUUUCUUUGCAAACACGCGCUACUCCAGCACGCCCUUUGGCCGAGGACAUUUACAUGUUCUGUGACCUUUUUUGAGCCAAAUAAAAUAUAUCUAUUCAUGUCACAAUGUU